AUGUUCAAACCCACCCUCCUCUACACCUUUUUCAAUCUUCUACUCAUCAUUGAAGUUCAGUCAAUAUCCAUUCAUGGACCAAGAGGAAGAGACGGAAAUGAAGAUUUGAAAAAACGCACAACAAUAGCUUCAGGAUGGUAUCCGUUCCAAAUUGAUCCAUGGUCGUUUUUCCCUUUUUUCGAUUGGGAUAGUUUCAUCGGUUGGGGAUGGCAGGGACAUACUCUGAGUUAUGUCAAGGAGUGGUAUUAUGAUACCUACGGUCUUAAUCUCCCACCUGGGGUAUCAUCCUGGUCAGCACUUUCGUUCUACGUAGCUGUCCUCGGUACGGAAAAUCCAAAACCUACACCUACUUUGGAUACAUAUCAACCAGGUACAACGGAGAACCCAUGGGACACCAAGUUUACAUCUUCUUCUUCGACGAGCAGUUCUAGAGGAUCUUCAAUGUCGGUAGCGCCUUCGUCUACUUCGAGUCAAGUUAGUAGUACUUCUCGUUCCGGGUCAACUUCUCCAACGUCACAAAGUGCAACACCUUCAGCUUCACCUGGUUCAUCAACCAGCAAAUCGAGUUCCUCCACCUCGUCAUUCACUUCAGUAUCCUCCACAAGUUCAACAAUUGUCUCGUCAUCGUUCUCAUCGUCUUCUUCAUCCGCUUCUUCAUCGACAAGCAAAUCGUCCGUCUCAUCUUCCUCUUCAUCCUCGGUAUCUUUAUCCGUAUCAUCCACUCGUCCCUUACCUACAGGAUGGAAACGAGCCUCUACACCAUGUAUCUCCGAAGGUUUAACCGGCAGAGCCCUGACCUCCUAUUCCUAUGAUUUCACAGAUACCACCAUCGAAUCAUGUCUUGCACUCUGCGAUUCUGUCAACAUGCCCUUGGCAGGAAUCGAAUAUCGUUCUCAAUGUUUUUGUGGAUCAUACCUAUCCAACGGAGCUUCUCUCCUUCGUUCAUCCACCUGUCUCCUUACUUGUGUCGGUGACUCUUCGGAGAUAUGUGGAGGUUCUUCAGCAUUAUCAUUAUUCGUUUCGACCAAAUCCAACGCCAACAAUUUAUCCCCUGAUCUCACCCAAUUGACAUUAUCUCCCGUAUUACCAGACGGAUGGAGCAUAGCGGAUCCUUCCAUACCAUGUAUAAAAGAACCUGUAGGAAGAGCAUUGACAGAAGCUUCUUUAGCUAGCGAUAAUAUGACCGUUCCUCUCUGUCUGAAUUAUUGCGCUUCAAAAGGAUCUCAAUAUGCCGGAUUAGAAUAUUCAAGAGAAUAUAUGCCUUGUGGUGGUAAUAAAAAAGAAAAUUGUGGUGGUCCAAACGCCUUGUUUUUAUAUAUAACUCCUUCACCUCCGAUAGCUGGUAUAACUUUACCGACGGGUUGGACCAGAAAAGGUUGUUUCGCUGAACCGAAAUCUGGUAGAGCUUUGACUUUUGAAGCUACGAGUUUGAUACAGAAGGGGACUAUGUCGGGUGCUCUUUGUGCGCAAAAAUGUGCGGAACAGGGUUAUACUAUGGCCGGAACGGAGUAUUCGGUUCAAUGUUUCUGCGGGAAUUCCUUCUCCAACGGAGCAUCUUCCACUCCGAUCGACACAAUCACCGACUCAACCUCAAAAUGUAACACUGCAUGUUCAGGAGCUCAAUCGGAAAUGUGUGGAGGAAAUUACAAAUAUACUUUGUAUUCCGCUUUGUAG